UAUGCACAUCAGCCACAUCCCUUCUCUCUCUCUCUAACUCUGUGGAAGCUACAUAAGUAUAUACCACAUAAAAAAUAAACAAUGUCGACAGACUUGACGGAGGAGGAGUCGUUGUCCGGCAAGGAUUACAAGGAUCCACCGCGUGUCAAGAUUUUCGAGGCGAGGGAGCUAGGAAAAUGGUCCUUCUAUAGAGCAGUCAUCGCUGAGUUCAUAGCUACUCUUCUCUUUCUAUACAUCACCGUCUUGACAGUCAUCGGUUUCAAGAGCCAGACGGAUCUCAAAACUGGCGGUGGGGCCUGCGCCAGCGUCGGCCUCCUGGGCAUCUCUUGGGCCUUCGGUGGCAUGAUCUUCAUCCUUGUCUACUGCACUGCCGGCAUCUCUGGUGGGCACAUUAACCCUGCAGUGACGUUUGGACUAUUCUUGGCUAGCAAGGUGUCGUUGGUGAGAGCUAUAUCCUACAUAGUGGCCCAGUGUCUCGGAGCCACUUGCGGAGUUGGUUUGGUGAAAGUCUUCCAGAAAACUUAUUACAACCGAUAUGGCGGUGGAGCCAACGUCCUCGCCGACGGAUACAACGUUGGUGUUGGUGUUGGUGCUGAGAUUAUCGGCACAUUUGUCCUUGUCUACACGGUCUUCUCCGCUACAGACCCUAAGCGUAAUGCCCGUGACUCUCACAUUCCUGUAUUGGCACCAUUGCCAAUUGGAUUUUCGGUGUUCAUGGUUCAUUUAGCCACAAUCCCAAUCACUGGAACUGGAAUUAACCCGGCUAGGAGUUUUGGAGCUGCAGUCAUCUACAACAAUCAAAAGGCUUGGGAUGAUCAAUGGAUCUUCUGGGUCGGUCCAUUUGUGGGAGCAGCAAUUGCAGCUUUGUACCACCAGUUUGUGUUGAGAGCUGGUGCUAUGAGGGCUUAUGGGUCAGUCAGGAGCCAGCUUCACGAGCUUCACGCUUAGAAUUUGAUUUUUUCAAAACUAUCUAAGAGGUGGAGAUUUCUUUGGGCCAGGAGGAAGGGGGAAAAAUAUCAAAAUAAUAAUUAAAAAAGAAUUUCUUGGUGAGUAACAUUUAGUGUAUUAUUUGUUGCUUUGAGGGGGAGGUUUGAGAGUGACUUUAUAUACCAGUUUGCUGUAUCCAAGCUUGUAGAAUGUAUGUUUCUAUUUGAUGUAUUUGUUAUAUAUAUUCUGUACUUGUCAACCCUUCUAUUUGUUGAAUGAUGUUUCAUAAUUAUAAAUUAUCUACUUCUUUAA